AUGUUGACCGAGAUUAUAGAACAAGUUCCAAUCGAACGAAUGCUGCUCCUUGCAGCAGCUAUGCUGGUAGUCCUCUGCGCUGUCUCCAGCAGGCUGGCCUUAACAAUUACUGGAACACCACGAGUAAAAUCACUGAUCAGCAGCAAAUCACUGCCAGGGCCCCGAUUCAAAUUUCCAAAUGGUCAAGGAACUGAAAAGUUCUUUGGGGGACGCAACGCUGCACGGAGAUGGCGGCAUCAGUAUGGAUCCAUCUAUAGCAUUUGGGCCGGUCUGAAGCGCGAAGUCGUCCUCUCGACCCCGGAACAGGUGCAAGAGUUUUACAGAGACUCACACCUGCAUAUCAAAGCGGCGGACAAUAAUUCUGGUUGGCUCUUUGCCGAGCUUCUCGGAUCCUGCGUUGGAGUUGUCAGUCAGAACCGCUGGAAGCGAGUCAGGAGACCAUUCGAGCACCCAUUCUCUCGAACAUCAGCUCUUACAAGGCCGAGAACAUUCAUACAUGAAGCCAGAGAUUUCUUCAGCGUACUAAACCCGAGAAAUGAAACACGGACGAUCAAUACCUCAAAUGAUUUGAAAUACUGUCCUUUUCUUAUGGUGGCUAGCAUUUUCUUUGGUGUUCACACUCAGGCACAACGAAACGAGCUUCAACAACUGGGCCCUCCUCGGGAGGAGCUCUUUAGGCGUGCAUUCAUGGGUAGCAUCAAUCGUUAUGGGAUCGCUAAGUAUUUCCCUGGAUCUGCUUUAUCCCUUCUUCGACAGUUCCAAGAACAAUGGGAAACUUUUGUCAAGCAAGCGUAUGAGCGUGCCAUCGACACGGGCGAUGGGUCAAUUGUGUCAUUAUGGGAAACGGUUGACCGAGGCGACAUGUCUAUGCAGGAGCUCCUCCAAACGCUUGACGAAUCCCUUUUUGCAAAUCUCGACGUUACCGCUCAUGCUGUCUCCUGGAAUGUUAUCAGAAUUGCUCAUCACCGAGAUAUCCAACGAAAAGUACGAGAAGAGAUUCGGCGCCACAAUGAAUCAGAUAAAGCAUAUGAAGAAUACAUGUGUCGUGAUGAUACUCUGAUUGCUGCAUGCGUCUUAGAAACGUCUCGUCUGCAUCCAGUCCUACCGUUUUCAAAUCCCGAGGCGGCAGACGAAAAUAAAAUAGUUGGCGACUAUAUAAUUCCGCGAUGGACUGACGUUAUUGUUGAUACCCACGCUAUCAAUAUAGACAACCCACACUGGAAAGAUGCAACGACCUUUGACCCGCACAGGCAUCUCGGAGAGAAAGAUUCGAGCCGAAGGUACAAUAUGUGGCGCUUUGGGUUUGGUCCCCGGCAGUGUCUUGGGAAAAAUGUGGCGGACAUUAUUCUCCGUAUCAUACUCGCCGAGCUCCUGGAAAAUUACGAAAUUGAGCUUAUGCAAGCCGAAGAAGUAGCCGAUGUCAAACUGCAGCUAGAUAGUUGGAUCGGCUUGCCAGAUGGUGUGGUGAAGAUGAUUCCCAUGAUUGUUUGA